AUGUCUGUUAAAUCUAUUGAACCUAAAGAGAUUGAGUUAGAAUGUGAAGACACUACUUCAUCAGAUGAUGGAAUAUUUGAAACAGAUGAUGUUGUUAAAUACGACAAAAGUCCAAAUUCAAUUGUUAAAUUUUUUAGAAUAUUGUUCUUUAGAACCUCAAUGCCUCAAUUAUUAAAAGGUAGAAAAGGAAAUUUAAGAGUUUCUGACCUUUGUCCAAUACCAAAAACUCUUAUAUUAGAAGAUUAUGAAACAGAUUUAAAAGAACAAUGGGAAAAAGAAGCUCUCUCAAAACAUCCCAGUCUUUUCUUGGCUAUUUUUAAGAAAGAAUGGUAUCACUUUUUAUUUGCCUAUAUUCUUGUAACUAUUUAUGAACUAUUUUCAUUAGCAUUUCCACUUGAAAGUCAGUAUAUUGUUAAAUGGUUGAAUAAAGAAGAUCCACCAGCUUAUAUGGCUGCUGUUUUUAUCUGUCUUGCUAUUGUAUUUCAGCUUAUUGUUUGUUUCUCCCAGGAGUUUGGAAAGAAAUGGAUAUUUGUUAGUGGGUUAAGAAUAAGAAAUGGUCUUAUUGGUCUUAUUUAUGAUAAAGCAUUAAAAUUAAAUGCUUCUGGAAUAGAAGAACCUGGAAGACUUGUUAAUUUAAUGGCAAAUGAUGCAGCUGUAUUUGUAGGAAAUAUUGAAUAUUCAGUUUUUGGUUUAGCAUCUCCAGUAAUGUUUAUUGUUCUAUUUGUAUUAAUUUAUAUAUAUAUGGGUAAAUGGGUUUAUGUUCCAUUGAUUGUAUUUGUAGUAUUCAAUAUUAUCAACUUUGGAUUUGGUUUCCUCAGUGGAUUUCUCUAUAAUAAAUUUGUAUAUAUGAAGGAUAAAAGAGUAUCUUUUAUGGGAGAGAUUCUUCAUAAUAUUAAGUUUAUUAAAUAUAAUAAUUGGGAAAAACCAAUGAAAAAAAGAAUUUGGUGGUUGAGAAUUGUAGAAGAAAUCUGGCUUGUUCUUGUGGGAUUUGUACGAUCUUCUUUCUAUACUAUUACUAUUGAAAUAGGAGCUAUUUUAUCUUUAUCAAUGUUUGUUACUAUGGUAUUAUCUGAAGCUGAACUACAACUAGCUAAUGUAAUUACAACAAUAUCUUUAUUUAAUUCAAUCAGAAUCCCAAUUCGUACAGUUGGUAUGGCUGCUACUUGUAUAUCUUCUAUCAAUGUUUCUCUAGGAAGAAUUAAGAGAUUCUUACUAAAACCAGAAUUACAACCAAUUCAAGUUGUUAAUAAAGAAUCAGAAAAUGCAAUAGAAAUGACUGAUGUCAAUUAUAUUUUCCCUGAUGGAGAAACUGCAUUUGCUUGUGAUGAACUUAAAAUUAAAAAAGGAGAACUUGUAUGUGUUUUAGGAAGUGUUGGAAGUGGAAAAUCAUCAUUUUUAUUAUCACUUUUAAAUGAAUUAGAAAAGAAAAAAGGAGAAUCUUAUCUUAAUGGUAAAAUUACUUAUUCAUCUCAAUCUGCUUGGUUAAUGAAUACAACUGUAAGAGAAAAUAUAUGUUUCUUAGCUCCUUAUAAUAAAGAAAAAUAUAAACAAGCAAUAAAAGAUGCUUGUUUAACUUCUGAUAUUGAUAAUUUAGUUGGAGGAGAUCAAUAUGUUGUUGCUGAAAAAGGAUCUAAUUUAUCUGGAGGUCAGAGACAAAGAAUUGCAUUAGCUCGUUCAUUAUAUAAUGCACACGAUAUAAUGCUUCUGGAUGAUCCUUUAUCUGCUGUUGAUUUCCAUGUUGGAACUUAUAUAUUUGAAAAUGCAAUUAAGAAGAGUCUUGAAGGAAAAACUAGAGUUAUAGUAACUAAUCAAACAUACUUCAUUGAGAAAGCAGAUAGAAUUCUUGUAAUUGAUGGUAAUAAACUUGCAUUUAAUGGAAGUUUAGAAGAGUUAAAGAAUAGUAAUCUUGAAGCAUCUCAAUUUAUUAAAACUCUUUCAUCAAAAAAGAGUGAGAAUAAUGAAGAAAAUGGUGAAGUUCUUUCUGGAGAUAGUUACAACACUAAGACUAGAGAAGAAGGGAAAGAAUUAGGAAGGGUUUCAUUUAAAGUAUACUGGGAAUAUAUUAAGGCUGGUCUUGUAUUCCUUGGUGCAGCAUGUAUUGUAUUUUUGGCAGCUCGUAUUGUUGCAUUAUACUUCUACAAUAAGUUCUUAACUACAUGGGGAAGAUCUAUCAGACCAAAACUUGGAUUACCACAAGGAAACAGAGAAGAAUUUAAUAAGUUCUGUUAUACAUUUAUUGCUGAUUUCGUAGGAGUCUAUCUAACUGAAAUAUUCAUUAUAUUUUUCUGUAUCACAUCAUCCCAUAAUAUUCAUAAAAAGAUGGUUAAAAAAGUAAUGAACGCUAAGUUAGGAUUCUUCGAUGUUACUCCAAUGGGAAGAGUUCUUAAUUACUUCUCAAGAGAUUUCCAAAAUAUAGACUACACUUUAGCAACAUAUAUUGAACCAUUAAUUGUUAAUAUUUCUACAAUUGUUAUUGUAGCUAUUACUAUUACUAAAGCAAGUAUUUAUUUGGUUAUUUUAGUAUUGGUAAUAGCUGCAGUCUUUGUGGCAUUUUAUAUAUUUACUUCUAAACCAGUCAUUGAAAUGCAGAGACUUGAAGGAGUUUCAAGAUCUCCUAUCUUCGUUCAUUUUGACCAAACUUUACUGGGAUUAUCAACAAUAAGAAUCUCUAAUGGUCAAAGUGAAUUCAAAAAUAAGUUAAUUGAUAAAAUUAAGAAUAACACUAUGGCAUUUUACACUUGUAAGAUGGCUAAAUUAUGGUACCUUCAAAGAAUGGAUUGGAUUGGAGCAUUUAUUAUAGUUGUAACAACCACUGUCAUUUGUAUUACUAAAAUAAAUAAUGGAAUGGACCCUUCUACAGCAGGUACUGCAUUAACUAAUCUUACUAAUAUCCCAAGUACAAUCACAGUUCUUGGUAUGGCUAUUUUAGAAAUAGAAACUCUCAUGCAAUCAACAGAAAGAAUAUUACAAUUAAAUAAAUUAAGAAAUGAAGAAUCAGAAAGUGUGAAAGAGAAUUAUGAACAACCUCCAAAUGAAUGGCCUUCUAAAGGAGAAAUCAAAUUUGAAGAUUAUAAAUUUAGAUAUAGAAGAGGAUUGCCAUUAGUUCUCAAUGGAAUAAAUGCAUUAAUAGAAGAUAAGGAAAAAAUUGGUGUUGUUGGUAGAACUGGAAGUGGUAAAUCAACAUUAAUGGCUGGGUUAUUUAGAAUUGAAGAACCAGCAGGUGGAAGAAUUCUUGUUGAUGGAAUUGAUAUUACUAGAGUACCAUUACAUACAUUGAGAAAUAGAAUGUGUAUUUUACCUCAAGAAGCUACUAUGUUUAGUGGUACAGUAAGAGAAAAUCUUGACCCAACAAAACAAGCUUCAGAUGAAGAAAUGAAACGUGUUCUUAAGUUAGUAAAUAGUGUAAAUGAACUUGACGAUGUUGUUUUGGAAAAUGGUGAUAACUUUUCUCUUGGACAACGUCAAAUUAUAUGUUUAGCAAGAGCCUUAUUGAAAAAGUCAAAGAUUUUGAUUAUGGAUGAAGCUACUGCCAAUAUUGAUAUUCAAACUGAUAAAACAAUUCAAGAAAUGGUUAGAAAGAACUUCAAUGAAUGUACAGUAAUUACUGUUGCACAUCGAUUACAAAGUAUUAUGGAUGCUAAUAAAGUGUUUGUAUUUGAUAAAGGGAAAUUAGUAGAAAAUGAUUCUCCUUCUCAUUUAAUUGAUAACGAAAAUACUAUCUUUAAUCAUCUUGUCCAACAAUCAGGUUGUGCUGAUGAACUAAAGAGAGUUGCUAAGAAAAAGACAACUAUUUUUGGAUCUAAUUCUACUAAAAAUACAUUUAAUGAUCCAAAUAAAUCAUCAGAUAGUAGUGAUGAAUUAAAACCAGAACUUGAAUUAAAUUUACUUAACAACUCAAACAAUGCAACACCCGUUCAUUUUGAAGAAACAAAUGAUAGAAAUGGAAGUGAACGUCAUCUUCUUUCACCUGUUGUUGUUGCUUCAAAUGAAAAUGAUUUGUCUUCUCCAAGUGAAUCUUCUUCUUCACAAUAA